AAGGAAGGAAGGAGGAAGGAAGGAAGAGAGGAAGGAAGGAAGGAAGGAAGGAAGAAUGAAAGAAAGGAAGGAAGGAAGGAAGGAAAGGAGGGUGGAAGAAUCGGGAGGAGACCGCGAGGAGGUGAUCGGGUUAGAGAGUGGAAGUUAGCCAUUUGGGGAAUCAUGGUUUCGUAAGGAACAGCUCGCCGUUAUGGGCGCGAUUUCACGGCGAGACGGAGCUGCAAAGGUGGUUGUUACGAAGAAGAAGUGCGAUAAUAUUAUUUCUCGGCAAUCGGCUCAGCGGCGAGUAGAGAGCGCGGUUGUCCAAGGGAGAGAUCGGCGUCUCGUCGUUUUUACUUGCGAUUUUACGCGGCGAAAGCAAUAACGACGACAGCCCUUGCCGAUUACUGUUGGCCAAUUACUGUCAGACGGCGAACACACCUCCGUGACGCGCGCGCGUUCGUCGGAAUGUUCCUCCUCUCUGAUGAGUAACUUGUGUUCCGAUAUCAAAGAUGAAGAGAGGAAUACGAGAUGCCGAGGUGCGCGCGAUUUUACUCUUUUAUUCUUUUUUCUUGUCGAAAAAAUAUGAAAACAUCGGACGUGGCAUGUGCGGAAUGUGCGCUGUGACGGUCCGCGCAAUCUCAGAGACUGUAAAAAGAAUUAGGAGCGAAAUAAAAAUCGCGCAAGUGAAAUUUCUACCCUCUCCAAAGGAGCUGCAUUGAUGAAAAAUCCAGAAGCGCGUCGUUUGCGCUCAAAGGUUAAGAUAUUUUUUAGAUUCCCUUUUAAUGCCGUACACUUCGCGAUGUGACGUUGCACACGAAGCAUCAGGAGAUACACAAGCGCGAUUUCUACCGCUAAAAUAUCGCUUUUAUGCAUGUAAGAAUAUGAAAACAUGGUUUACCCGAGUAAAUAUUAUUGCAGAGUUGUUGUCGUUUGUAUAACCGAACGUCUCCCAUCGGGGAAUUUGCACAGUUUUACACAAAGCCGCGCAACCGGCAGGUUCUACCUCCUCUUUUUUUUUGGCGAAGGAUGAUUUCUAUCUGCAUAGAGGGUGGUCUGUAUGCAGCGAGAGAUCGCGGCAACUUCGCUCACCGGAUAUUAAUUAUCAAUCCGGAUUCGCGUCGAUGUAAUCGGUAUCUCGUAUUCUCUCGCGCUCCUUCUUUUCCGUAAUUAACCGUGAAUCGAACUUUCCUCUCGGAAGAGUCGUGAGGAAUCUUCUCUCGCGUUUCUUCCUCGCCAGUUGAGAUCCGCAAUUCCUAACGGGACGGCUGCUGCCGGCAGUAAGUCGCAAGUAUGCUCCCGAUACUGCACCGGUAUUCUAAAUACCGCGUGCAUGAUUGAUGUUCGCACAUACGCCGUCGCGAGAUUCCAUCUUCGGCUGGUGAAGCUUUAAUGAUGAUUCGGCGGUAGACUGCAUUAUCGCAAUCGACACCGUGCGGUAUUCCGGCGCUGUGGUUUACGGCGGAUACCACGCUCGCGGAAGUAGGGACCGUUUCGCCAAAAUACGCUGUUAUUAGCGCGCGACGUGAACGAUCGCGUAAUGCGAUAGUCGGCGAAGUUGGAAUGUAAUUAUUAACGCUGAGCAUCGCUCGCGUGAUUAGCGGAUCGAGGUGUGUAUCGAGUGUGCGUCUCUCUCACGGAGACGCCGCGCUUAACUUUCCGCGUAGUUCAAUUUACCUUCCGUCUUUUUUUAAUCCUUAGUUCCGGAAACGAACGAUAAGUUAGAAGAACUAAGAUUGUAGUCUGAUCGACGAAUCCCGGCCGUUACCCGCAAGGAUUAAUGAGUCUUGUCUCGAGAAAUGUAAUAACUGGUUAACAAAACAAUCGUAUCCUUUUCAUCUCAACCAUCAAUUUUAGUCAAUUUUGCAACACUGAUCACGAAUAUAACAGUCAGAAACUAGCUAUAAUUUCCGUAACAUACUAAACAAAUCGUUUCGUUAUUUAGUAAAAUACUCAGCGUUUUGAAAAUAUUUUAUCCCUCUGAUUUUUUAUUCUAUUAAAUACAAAAUCGUUGUGGUAUAGAAAUAGGGUUGUCUAUUUGUUACUAUAAAAGUAUUAUCAACUGAACAAAGCGCGUGUUCCUAUAAUAUCUCUGUUUCGAUUCUAUACAGAGAAGCCAUUUGGGACAAGGAUGGAAUUCGCAAUUCGUAUCGUAAUGGACUCUCGAUUUGGGGAUAAAUUUGGGCAUUCUAAUCGGAAUCUAUGUCGUACCUAGGAAAAUCUUGGGAAAUUUCUAUGCAGAGAGUUAGAAGUGUAAUAUCUCAAAUAUUCUAAGUGGCAAAUCCAAAAGCUUUCUCGAUAUCCUUUCUUAACUUCAUUUUACAUUAGAAUUGAGCAAAACACGUAUGCUGAUUUUCCAAGUAAUCUCAUUAUUCGGUAAAAUACCUAAAGUGUCUUAGAAAUAUUUCACUUUCUUGAUUUUUUAUUUUAUCGAAUAUUAUAUAAAAUAGGAUUCUCUGGUUGAUAUCACAAAAAUAUACUGGUUAAAAAAAGUGCAAGUUUCCACGAUAAUUCAUCAUAUUUCGAUUUUAGACAGAGAAAUUAUGUUUAUAAUAAGAACGAGAUUCUCGUAUCGUAGUGGAACGAUUAACCUUGGGAUAAAUUUUAAUCGGUAUAUGUGGGGAAAUCGUGGGAAGUAUUUUUAUGUGAGUGUUAUUUUGUAGACGAUGUAGUAGACGAUAAUAAUUGCAGCUUGCUAGUUGCUGGGGGAAUAAUCUAUUGUAUUACACACUAAUUGCAAUGAUUAUCACUCAAUCGCACGCGGAAUAAUUUCGCAUGACGCGCGAUAGCGAUUAUCGCGCUUAGCCGACUUCUUCUUAACGACUACUGCUCCACUUACAAUGUGACCCGCCUUUAUCGCCCCGUCGCGUGACGCCAAUUCUUCUCAAAUAGUUUUCUGGUAAAUUGGUUUACUCGAUAGGAUUACUCGACAUUUCGUUUGAUCCUUCUUUUUUCUAUCAUAGGCUUGGAACAUUGAGAGAGAAAAUUUGAGAGAGAAAGAAAGAGAAAGGGAGUGAGAAAUGAGUGACGGAAGGGGGUGGAAGAGGAGAGUUGGCGUCCCACCGCGCAAAUGCCGGCUUUCCACUCCCUAACUUGUUGAGUCUCUCUCUUGGCAGAUACGCUGCCCAUGGGAAACGCUUUAUGACAAUUCUAAAUCUUUUACGCGGAUAUUACUUUUCAAUGACCUAUAAAAGUUUCGCAGCAAAAGGAAGUGUCCAUAGUAACACACCGGCGCCGCGCUAUAAAAUUCAACGUAUGACCGGCGUUUUUACGGGGCCAUUCGUAUUUCAAAAUUUGACGUUUCGAAAGAUCGAGCGGAAAUAUUCUUUGACAUUCUCACGUCGCGGGCGACAUCGCGUUCCCGGAGCGCAGCGCGGUGCGCGACAGAUAUAUAGAUGAGGUGAAUAAAUUAACUUGAAUUAACUAGGGAAAAUUGACCGUCUAUUAAUAUUCUCCGAGGCAAAUGUGUCCACUGAAUAAACGGCGCUAUUGCAAGAGAGAGAGAGAGAGAGAGAGAGAGAGAGAGAGAGAGAGAGAAGGAAGGAGUGGAGAGGAAAGAGACAGACGACUUCUUCGCGAAGAGCAAGACAAUUUGAAGGAAUAAAGUUCUCCAUGCGAGCUGUAGUUCUCUAACGAGCCGUGGUUAAAACUCAGCUUGUUCCUAUCUCGUAACUUCCUCAUAAUAAUACUCAUGUUUAACUCUCGUCAUUGCUGAAACAACAACAACCUAAGGAACGAGCCACUUACAUUUCUGUCCCAUCCGUUUGGAGAUGUCGCUUGGUUUCAAAGUCGUGGAGAUGAAAUUGGAGAGGAUUAAGCUCAUAGUACACACCAAACAACGUAAGCAGUAGGCAAAACUGACUAACCACAGUCGAUUAUUCUUCUUAUAAUUCAAGAAUGAUCGACAGUGAUCGAUGAAUUUUCUUACCGCUUACGUUUUCGCGGGUGCCAUGGAUGUUGUAUGUGUGUGUGUGUGAAUGUGUGAAUGUGUGCGCGUGCGAAAGAAAAGAAAAUAAAGUAGUUAUCGACUGAAGUAUCGUCGUGAAGUACAGUUUUAUGUGAAGCGCGUGGAUAUCCGUCGCGUGAGCUUCGUAUGAAAAUUUCGUGCGAAAAUCGCGCGACUUGCCGCCCCGUGAAAAUCGAUACCAGACGCGCCGAAAACACAACGAGCUCGCCGCGGCUUACCGCCAGGCGAAGUUUUCUCUCCACCGUUGAAAAGUAGCGAGCAAAGUGCAUUGAGUGCAACUCGCGCAAGAUCGACGAUCCACCUAAGGGAGCUCUAUUCCUCAAAAUCGUCUUACUCUUCGCCAAAGGAUCACCUUCCCCUGCCUUGCCCUGGCCGCCUCUCGGUAUCGCGGCUCUCGCGAUAUACGCCGCGUAUACGUAAGAAGAGCGAACUCCUAUUCCGUAUAUCUCCCCAGACGACGACGAAGACAUCAACAACAACGACAACGACGACGAGAGACGCGUCAAGCUUCGAUUCUCGUGGUGAACGCGAUCUUUGACGGGUCCUUGGACGCGUGUCGAGUGACAAUCGAAGGAACUGACGUCCGUGUGAAGACGCUCAUGGAGCACCAGCCGCGACUGCUGGUGUCGGGCGAGUAGUCGAAUUGUCCGCAAUUGUGGUGAUUGAUCUUGAGCGCGAAGGACACGCGAAGCCGAGGAGACGCGGAGCGAGAGACGAUAAUUGUGCAACGAGGAGACGCAACGGUGCCUAACCAUGAGCUCCUGGAUGAACUGUCCGUCCUCGUUGCUGCUGCUACUGCUGGGCCUGAGCCUGCACAGCGCGUGCAUCACGCGGGCCAACGUCGCCGGUCAACACGGCGGCGAGCCGAGUAUUCGCGAUACACUGGUGGUGGAGACCAGCAGCGGUCUGAUACGCGGCUUCUCCCGCACGGUGCUCGAUCGCGAGGUCCACGCCUUCUACGGAGUGCCGUUCGCGAAGCCGCCGGUCGGCCCGCUGCGCUUCCGCAAGCCGGUGCCGAUCGAGUCCUGGCACGGCAUCCUGAACGCCACCACUAUGCCUAACAGCUGCUACCAAGAGCGCUAUGAGUAUUUCCCCGGCUUCGAGGGCGAGGAGAUGUGGAACCCAAACACGAACAUCUCCGAGGACUGCCUGUACUUGAACAUCUGGGUGCCGCAGAAGCUGCGUCUGCGUCACAAGGGCUCAGAGCCGCCCGGCAGCGCCGAUAGCAACGGCAUGGCGAUCAUGGUGUGGAUUUACGGGGGUGGCUUCAUGAGCGGCACUGCCACCCUCGACGUCUACGACGCCGACAUUAUGGCCGCGGCCAGCAACUCGAUCAUCGCGUCGAUACAGUACCGGGUGGGCGCGUUCGGCUUCCUCUACCUCAACCAGCACUUCAGCAAGGGCAGCGAAGAGGCGCCAGGCAAUAUGGGUCUCUGGGACCAGGCAUUGGCACUCAAGUGGCUGCGAGAGAAUGCGCCCGCCUUUGGCGGCGAUCCCGACCUCAUCACGAUCUUCGGCGAGUCCGCCGGCGGCAGCUCCGUGUCCCUCCUCUUGAUCUCACCGGUCACGCAGAACCUGGUGCGUCGCGGCAUUCUCCAGAGCGGCACUCUCAACUCCCCGUGGAGUUACAUGACUGGGGAACGGGCGAACGAGGUGGCGCGGGUGCUCGUGGACGAUUGCGGAUGUAACUCGACGAUGCUGCAGGAGAAUCCGGCGCGUGUCAUGGCCUGCAUGCGCUCGGUCGACGCCAAGACCCUGUCGGUGCAACAGUGGAACAGUUACAGCGGCAUCCUCGGCUUCCCGUCCGCGCCGACCAUCGACGGCAUCUUCCUGCCCAAGGAUCCCGUGGACUUGGUCAAAGAGGCGAUCUUCGAGAAGACCGAGAUCAUGAUUGGGAACAACCAGGACGAAGGAACAUACUUCAUCCUGUACGACUUCAUUGACUUCUUCGAGAAGGAUCAAGCUACUUUCCUGGACCGAGACAAGUUCCUCAAUAUCAUCAAUACUAUCUUCAAGAACUUUUCGCAAAUCGAGCGGGAAGCCAUCAUUUUCCAAUACACCGAUUGGAAUAACAUAAAUGACGGCUACCAGAAUCAAAGAGCGAUAGCAGACAUCGUGGGCGAUUAUUUCUUCAUUUGCCCGUCCACGUACUUCGCGGACUUAUUUGCGGCCCGCGGCAUGAAGGUCUACUAUUACUUCUUCACGCAGAGGACGAGCACCAACGUGUGGGGUGAAUGGAUGGGCGUAAUGCACGGUGACGAAGUGGAGUAUGUCUUCGGGCAUCCGCUGAACACGUCUCUGCUGUACACCGACAAAGAGCGAGACCUGGCAUUGAGAAUCAUCCUCCACUACGCGCAAUUCGCAUAUUCAGGAUUGCCGACGGUGGACGAGUCCGACUGGCCACCUUACACCAAAGACCAUCCGCAGUAUUUUAUCUGGAACGCGGAGAAGAGCGGCUUCGGCAGAGGUCCCCGCACGACGGCCUGUGCAUUUUGGAACGAGUUCCUACCGCGAUUGAAGAGAGUUCCCGAUCCAACGCCCGAGGCGUGCAACAGCGCGAUGGCGUCGAGCAUCUCCGCGGGUGCUGGCGAGCUGCGUGCAUCACCGAUCGUGUCCAUCCUCCUACUUCCGGUGCUGGCGGUAUAUAGACUCGUAUAAAGCGGUCGCUUGUUCAUCCGUGUCGGCGAACCUCUUUUCACGGCUGGCAAGUACUUGGCUGGACGGGAACGCUCCGCUGGCGCCACCGGCCGACAGACAGGUCCCGUAGCAAGCGUUGUUUUACGCUUCGAGGUCGCAUUUAGCGGUCGUCAAAAGCACUCGUAGAGAUCGAUAGGUCGUCGUUGUCGUCGUCGUCGUCAUCGUCGUCGUCGUCAUCGUAGUCAUCGUCGUCGUCGUCGUCGCUGUCGUCGUCGUCGUAGGACUGUAGCGCUACCGCCGCAACACGACGGUAGGUCCGUUUCCAUCACCAGCCGCGUCGUCAUCACCGCGUUAGCGCAGCGCGACGUUUUGCGAAUGAUAAUCAGAGCGUCUCGUGAUACCUCGAGGUGCGCCGCAGCUCUCCGGAGCCCAGCGCCGAUCGAUCUACCUGCGCGAUCCGCGUCCGGGAAGAAAGGGGGGAGGAGGAAAGGAGCGGGGAGGGGGGAGGAGGGCAAAGGAAGGAAAAGCAAAUCCAGAAGUGAUCCCGCAAGUGAUCGACGCUGCUUCGGGAUUCGAUUUCGACGGUUCGCCCUGGGGCAUACGCCCGCCAGUUCCGCCGCCGAGCGGCUUCGCCGAUCCGAUUCGUUGAUCUGGCCGUUCGCGCUGCUACUUUCGGCUCUUUUCGAUCGGCCGGCCGGCCGGCCGUCCGCACGCUCGUCGAUUGCGGAAUCCGCGAUGAUCCUCCGUCGACGAUCUCCGGGAACCGUGGCCGAACCGUGAGUUGUGGAGGCGUGAGAUACCGUCCGUGCUGACAGGCGCGCGUCGAUUCGCCCGCGAGUCAUGAUGGAUAUUCGCCGGAUUGAUCGUCGGAUUCGCGACGGGUCGAUGGGAGCACUCGUCAUCGGUCAUAUGCCACCAAGCCGGGUAUAGACUUAAAGAGAUAGACUGCGUAUUCCCAUUGAAAGGCUGAAGCCAGACGAGGGAACAGAGAGUAAGAUGCUUUCCUCGUCUAAUUGUCUGGUUAGUGGAGACAAGGAAGAAUGAGAAGCGAUCUCGCGGUCAAUGCGUUCUUUCCUUCUUUUUUUCACCAGAUUCCUUCCUCUUCUAUUUCCUCUACAUCGCCCCCUUCUAUAGUACUGUACGACAGAAGAAACAUAUCUUACUUAACAUAUCUUACUCGACAUAUCUCUGUCUUUAAAAGUGAAAGUAUCAAUGCCCGGAGAUCAAUUCUGGACAUUCUUAUUGUUUUGAUCUUCUCUCAAAGAUAAAUAUUUAAACUUUCAACAUAAAAUAUAUAUACAUAUAUUAAAUAUACAUACACAGAUAAGAAAGAGAUUUGUUAUACAUACCGUAAGAUGGGGUUACUUUGUGA